AGCAGUAGAAGCUUCAAGCUGCCGCGCCGGUUCCACUUGAAGCGCCGUGCGCAUGCUGUUGUUGUUGGCCAAACGCCAGGAAGGUUUACACCAGCACAGCCGCGGCUUUAAAUCAGUGCAACACCAGCGGCCACCGGCAACGGACUUGAAACUUGAACAGUUAUUCGAGCGAGCACAAAGCGUACGAUUGCAAGCAUUAUUUGCGGAAAAAAUAUUAUAAAAUCGAAUACUCAUUACAAGUGUUUAAUUUGAAUCGACUUUAGUGCAAAAAGUAACAAGAAAAAUCCAUAAAUUAUAUUCGAGCAUUAUUUUUUCCAAAGGCGCGCGCAUACAAACCGACUUUGUGUAUCCGCAGGAGACAGCCGCCAGUGCGGAGAAUCGAGCAGCCGACGUGUACGCCGCGCACUGAAUGCAAAAUCAGUUAUUCAAUUGUUGUGCGCGCGAUUAAGGGAAACCAUUGAAUUUAAAAAAAUAUAAUUCAAUUGCGCAAAGGAAUUCCUGUAUUUGCCUUUUGUAUUUGCUGUCAACGAAGCCAACAAAUUAAUUCAAUCCGCGCUCACACACUCGUCCCAUCAGCAAACACAGGCGCACAACAACCACGCAUAGCGCACCGAAAUGUUGCUGAAAUUCCUAUCUCUGGCAUGUGUGCUACACUUGGCAGCCGCCGCGCCGCAGCUUCUCACCUUUAGAGACGGCAAAUUUGGCGUAAAUUUUGGUGGUUAUCAUGCUGAGGCGGGUCUGGGCGGUCUACUCACUGGCGAUGCAGCGCAUGGCGGCCUAAGCGCUUCGGCUGGUACGCCGUUCGGGCAAAGAGCUGGUGCCGGCUUAGGAGGCAGUGUGGAUGGAAAUGCCGCUGGCGUACUGUAUGCAGGUGCUGAGGCCAAUCCACAGACCGGUGCUGGCGCCAUACUUGGCGGCGACACCAGCAGAGGUGGUUAUGCGGGUUCACAAGCUUUUUCCGGCGGUAGGACUGUGGCAAGCACGAAAAACCACAUCUUUCCGGGAGCUUUCAGCAAUCAAGUGGACGCAGUUACUAGCGGUCCCAGCGACACAACACAGUAUGAUGGCAUACAAAAGGUCCGACCACCGAAGAAGUAUCUGAUUAAACCGAGUUCCUACAGUAAUAACGCAAUUAAGACACCCAAUAAUUCCGACCGCAAGGCCACUGACAACCGCCAUGCCUCCAGCACCGACAUCCUUAAACAUGGUGAUGGCAUUACAACCGCUGCAACAGGCAACCAUAACGGUGACAGCGAUGCCAGCACUGCCGAAGAACAGCACAAAGACGUCGUGAAACCAAUCGCUACAUAUGUUCCCGUUGUGCGACAUCCAGCAGGAGCACCAAGCGCCAGCGGCACCACAGAGAGCGUAGAGAAAACUAACAGCAAGCAGCAACUCAGCGACGCACCACAGCCAGCCGUCGAUGCCGACCAUUUCGUAGCGCCACCCACCAUCGUAGUAAGCAGGCAACGCUUGCGCCAAAAGUCACGCAGCCGACCCAACAAACGUGAGCGCCAGCUGCAGCGGCAACGCGAGCGCCUACUGCAAACACAGCUCGCGCUAAGGACGACGGAGGCCGGAGUUGGCGCGGCAGAUGCGCCGCAUGCAACGCAAACCAAACACCAGGAAUCAGUUGUUGUUGUGCAGCAACACUCGCAGUAUGCUGCUCAAGCUAGCGCCAGCGCCAACGCCAACGCCAACAGUAACAACAAUGCAGGUACCGGUGUCGCACACUCAAAACAACUGACCAGACAAGUGGAGAAGAACCAAUUCAAUUUUGCCACGCCAUCGCCGCUUCCGGACAUCAACCUGAACGUCGGCCCGGCGGUGGUGACCAGUGCCUUGAAUAUACCGAUUGGCAUUUUGCGUUCUCUGCAAGAGUCUUUGGGUGGACUCGCUACUGCCAAACAGGGAGCGUCUGCAACAAUUAACUAAGCGACGAAUUUCGAUUUAUAUUUACAUAUGUGUAUUAAAGA